AAAAUAUCACACUUUGACACAUGGGACUUCGCAGUCGAAAGCGCCGACUGGCGGGAAUAGCCGACGAAGAUGCCUUUGACGUGGAAUCUUCCAGCUACAAGUCAUCGUCUCGCUUGAGCGAUCACUUGCGGCAAUCCCACGACAAUGCAGAAGCGUUCAACCUGAUCUGGAAGCAAAUCAUUGCAGGUCUGGCAUAUGUGUUGGUGGUGUAUGAAUUGUGCGUGUUGUGGAAGACGGUGACCAACGCCGCCGCCGUGUCCACGACCCUCGUUGUCGUGCUCGUGUUGAUGAAACUGCUGUCGUGUGCUGCCAUUUACUCGGUCAAGGGUCUUGUCUCCACGGAUGCACGCGGGCAUACGUCUUGCGUUCUCUUGUGUGCCCUCCACACGAGCAUGUGGCUGCUCUUGCGCGUAUUCGACGUCGACGCGACCUCCGUCCGAAACUCCAUUCCGCUGUGCACGCUGUACUACCUUUGCGCGACACUAACCGUGUGGUUCAUUGGCAACAACGCAAAAUCCGAACAGGCGCGGGCGGAACAGCUCCAGCAACUCGAGACCAAGUUUGCCACGGAAUAAAAAGUGAUCUCAAAGUUGGUUGACAUCGUCCAUGCGCUCCAUAUGCGUUUACAGUACAUACAAUAUGCACUGGUAUAAUAGAUAUGUAGAAGACGGAUCUGCCGGUUCAAAGAUAGGAGGUGAUAAUAGACUGCCGGCUACCACAGGA